AUGUCAAUAUGACUAAAAGGGGAAGUGUGCUGUGAGGCAAAAACCUGGGCUGUUGCUGUCCUCAGACCAGAAUUCUGCAUUUGGCCUGAGGCAAUAAUCUUCACAUUCUGCUUGCAUCUCACUUUUCUUGAAUCAGCAAACCACGUCGGAGUCAACUCGGAAACUACAAUGACAUCCAACAUCACUGAACAUCACUGCAAUGUGUCAACUCAACAUUUGGUGGCGAACGUUCUUCCCCCCGUGCUGAUCAUCGAGUUGUUACUUGGCCUGCCUGGCAAUCUCAUGGCAUUGUGGAUUUUUUGCAAAAAUAUGCAGUCUUGGAGGGCUAACGUCACAUUCCUGUUCAAUCUUAUUAUGUCUGAUUUUCUGCUCCUCUUGAGUCUACCCUUCCGCAUCGACAACUUCAUACGUGGUGAAAUGUGGGUAUUCGGCGACGCCUGGUGUCGGAUAAAUCUAUUCAUGCUGGCUGUCAACCGAUCGGCCAGCAUUGCCUUCAUGACUGCCGUGGCCUUCGACCGCUACUUUAAAGUGGUCCACCCGCAUCACGUAAUCAAUCACAUGACUUCAAAACAAGCAGCCUGUGUUGCCUGCUUCAUCUGGGUGGUUGUGAUAGCCCUGAGGAUCCCUUUACUGGCCAACAACCUCCUAAUCACAGAGAACAACAACUCUUUUUGCAGAAGUUUCAGUAAUUAUGAAAACCCUUCACUAGGUAUCAAACUGCAUUAUGCUGUGUUUAGCUUCGAGUUUUUCGUGCCUCUGAUACUCCUCAUCUUUUGCUCCCUGCGUAUUGCCUGCAUCCUUCGUUCUCGACAGAUGGACAAAGACAAGAAGGGACAAAGAGCAAUUCGGACCGUCCUGGUUAUCGUUGGCGUUUUCAUCUUUUGUUUCUUUCCCAGCAUUGCCACAGGGUUGACUGCCCUUCGUUUAAAAGCUCUUGGAGAAGCUUACUGCAAUUCUUACAAUCUGACCUCUCAGUUUUUUGCUAUGUCCAUAGCAUUCACCUAUCUAAACAGCACUCUGGAUCCGGUCAUCUAUUGCUUCUCCAGUUCUAUAUUUCGCAAUUCAUUGAAAAGAACUGUAAACCGGACUGGCUUCUUACAGUUACAGCUCAGUAGACGGGGCAGCAUGCAAAGUGGCAGCGACUAAGAGAUAGACUUGGAUUGGACAGGAAGAUGUUAAAUAAGGAUUGAAUGCGGUGUAAAGUGCAUCGCUUUAUUUGUUUGGGCUAUUUUGACUGGUGCAACAUACAGUAGCUACACUGGUUCCAUCAAUGUUGUAAGUGUGGGCUGGUGCUACUUUGGUUUGAACCAAGUCAACACGAAACCUGUAUAUAAAUUUGGUGAUGCUAGUUGUAGGCCCACACAUAUUCUUUUGUAUUCUAAAGCAUUUACUACAGCAUUUUUGUAUAACACACAGUUAAUGAAUAUGAUGAAAGCUUAAUAAAUAAAAUAAUUUUAUAUUAGAA